GAACAAAGUGGUCUGCGUCUGAAGACGCGUUUAUGGAGAAUAACGAGACGACGACGUUGGGGAUCUCUGGACCGAACGGAACGGGAACUGAACCGGCUCCUUCUUCGACCCCUGCGGCCACAUCGACCGCCACCAACCUUCCGUCGAAACCAGAGUCGAGUACCCCUCUUGAGAGCGACGGCCAUCCCAAUUCGAAUGAUGCACUCCAGCAGUCCCAGGCUGAUGGACCACCGACAUCGACGUCCACCACUGACGCAACCACCGCCGCCACAAUUUCUACGACACCGACACCAACUCCUGAUACGGCCAACCCCGGCCACAGCGCAAGCACGAGUGCGAACGCACCCACGAAUAAUGUCGGAGUCACCGUCGCACCAUCUACCUCGACUUCAUCGGCUUCGUCCCCUUCAUUCUCAACAUCGCUUAAGCCCCUCUCGGGCUCGGCUGCAUCAACGGUCACGGCAGCCCCGCAUCCGAAGAAGUUCGCCGCUGUGAACGUCGCAAAGAAGUUUUGGGAGCAGAAUCAUUCGUCGGCGGCGGGUGGCACUGGUGCUAGUCCUAGCUUAGGGUCGUUGGGGUCUGGACAUGGGCUGUCGAGCUUGGCGGGCGGUGGGAGUGUGUCAAAGGGGGCGAGCAGUUCAAAACCCUCUCCGCAACCAACAGCACCUCACUCUCGCCUCAUAACCACAAAACUUACAGCCCACCCUCAACCUUCGACGACAACUGGCCCAGGCUGGUCGCGCCCUUCCUCAGCCUCUCCCUCUCUCAAUGCCAAUGGUCCUUCACCCUCACCCAGUUCCACUAAUCUUGACGCUACCAACCCCGCAGCCGUUGUACCACCGGGCGGUCCAGUCCCGGUGACCAUAUCGACUGCGACCCAUGGGCAUGGUCCACCGGCUUUACCGAUCGCUGGGAAGGUGAUUCAGCCAAUGCCGAAAGGGGCUAUUGUCAAUAUGGAGAAGGAAGGUACGAACGGGGGAAGUAGGCCUGUGUGGGGUAGGACGGGGCAGGGCGGUGGAGGUGGCGGGGGAAUGGGAGCAGGGAUGUCGAGGGUGCAGAAUGACUUUCCGACGGCGGCGGAGGCGGCUGAGGCGGCGCAAAGUCGUGCGGCCAAACAGCUGGAGAAGAAGGCUUCGAGCUCGCAGGCUCAAUCGACAUCGACAGGGACCGACACGAAUAAGGAACCUCCACCGAACGAGGCGAUGAUGCAGGCGGCAGAUAGGUUCCGAGGCAAGCACUUAGAUCCAAACGCACACCAUUGGGACGACAUCGAGGAAGACAAUGACGAUUUCCUAGACGAGGUCAUCGAGUUCGGCGACGGACGACAGUACAAAGUUGUCGAAACAGCGGACGGGGACGGACAACCGCCUUCGAAUUCCUCGCCACCCAGUGGUCCAGUGCACAAAGAGGACAGAUUCGCGGACGACUUUGAUCGGAGCUGGCCCAGGUCGGGUGGGGGCGGGGGAGGUGGAAGGCCUCCUCCGCCUGCGAAUGCAUGGGGUCUGAGGCCGAGAGGUGGGCCUGGUGUUCCUGCCCACGGUCCUGAUCAUGAUCAUGGUGCGGACGGUCCGAGAGGUGGCUGGAGAAGUGGAAGGGCGGGGUCUUCGACUUCGAGUUUAUCCCCGCAGGAGCCUUCGAGGGUAUUAUUCAAUGAGAGGUCGAAUCGGUUGGAGCCUUAUGCAAAUGCCCAUUCGAGAGGCGGUCCUGGUGAUUCAAGAAAUGGUCGUGAUGUGCCAUCGCACCAUCACAACGUUCAACUCCUCCAAAAGCCAUCAGAACCCGACGGUCUCCAUCCCGGCCACAAGACUUUCUCUCCGACCUCUGACCACGAACCAACCAACGCCUGGGGCCCACCUCCCUCAACCCGUCGAAUGUCAUCCACCUCGGAAACUCAAUCCCUUUCUCAGUCUCAGUCGCAGUCCCCGCUCUUGGGACGAGGAGGCAGACAGCUUCCACCGCAUCUGUCGGCCAUGCCACCACCUUCGACUAUCCCUCCGCACCGGCAGUACUCUCAAUCACACUUACAUUCUCCUCACUCACCUGUGCCUGCGACGAGGGACCGCGAGCCAUCAACAAGGGAAUCGUGGGAUUUACGCGCGAAGGAUGUGGAUCGGGAGGAUGCAAUGUCGAGCGUGAGUAUCGGCCGCCAUGCCUCGUCCGCUCGUUCGCCGGGUUCUACGACGCGGGUUCUCGGUCCCGGGUCAGUCGUCUCUGGGACUUCGGAGGCGGCGCUUUCACCACCACCCGCCGUUCCUACGCCGCUGGUGGGUGUCGUAGAUGAAGAUGAACUGAGAAAGGCGGCUAUGCAUACCGCGGCGGAGAGGGCAAGAUUGAGGAGACAGCAGGAGGAGGAGGAGAGGGAGAAGGAGAAGGAGAGGGCGAGACGGAAGGCGGCAGAGUUGGAGGAGAGGAUACUGGCGAUGAAGGAGAAAGAGAAGGAGAAGGAGAAGCCUGUUGCUGCCCCUGUGGUCGAAACGAUCAAGGUUGUUGAGUCCCCGAAGGAGGAUGUCAAACCGUCGCAUCCAGCAGCCUCUCUGGUCUCGGAAAGAGAGAAGCCAGCGUUUUCGAGGACUUCGUCCUUCAGGCCAGCACCAGGUCCUCGGGAUACAGAGUUCUCUCGUCCGCGAUUAAGUUCUUCAGGGCCUUCUCAACGAGGUCCACAAAACUUCGUGCAUGCUCCGGCCCCGCCCCCACCUUCUGCGGAGCCCGACACUUGGAGACGCUCCGGUCCUUUGCCACCUCUACCACCACCGCACCACCCAGUCACUCGUACCCGUUCAUCUCAGUCACAGGCGCGGUCUGAGCAUUCCGUGCAUGUUGUAUCGACGGUGGCUCAGGCACCUCGGCCGAGCGUGGCUGAUGUCGAGCAUAUCUCGUUGGACAGGGACGAGGGGAUGGAAGAGGUUGAUUUCACGGACAUGGGCAAGUUGGUCGGUGUUGAGGACAAGCCGUCGACCAUCCCAGAAGAGCUUGCAUCGUCGCCCGAGGUUCGACAGAAACCCACCGUAGCGCAGGAUGGGCUUUCGAGGAAGCCACCACGGCCUGUGGCUAGCGAUUUCUUCGAUGAUGGACCUCUGGCUACGGAGUCGAAAGUUCUCACUAGGAACGAUGUCGUGUCUUCGUGGAGGAGAAAGGCGGUCGAUGAGCAAUCGUUGUCCUCUGUACCGGAGGGUCGGUCCGACGAAGCUGUCACGGUCACGAAAACAGCUUCGAGCGUCGUUGGGAGCUCACCUGAGUCUUCGAUCAGGCCCCUGCCCUCUGUCGCGGAGUCCCAGGUAUCCGCAGGUCAUCCAGGAUUGAAGGCGCAUCGUCCACCGCCAGGGGCUUCUCAGUAUCGUGAAGCUUCAUUGUCAGCCUUGGACGACACGAUAAGUCGCAUCAGGAGCACACUUAACCAUAUGCACACUACGGACAGAUCGCGAGAGCCAUCUGGCUCUGAGCAUUUGGCCGGUGCUGAACCAAGACAUCCCGAGAAACCAGAACUCACUCAGAUCAAGACCGACUUCACCCCACCUACGCAUGCGAAGGUCGAGCCCACGAAGCCUCAGGUAUGGAUCCCACCCAACCGCAGGCCCGAAGGUUUCGUCAGACGCGAACGCGAACCCCGCGCUUCUGUCCCCUCGGAGCCCACUUUCCAUCCACCGCCGCCUUCACCGCCGAAGGACUUCGCCACUUCAAGUGACCCCGAGCCUGCGAGCCCGCGCGCAUGGAAUACUUACACUGUCAAACUCCCGAAGCAUUUCGUGCCACGGUGGCCACCUGUAACGCAGAGGCAGCAAGAUGCGUACUACAAAUCAACGGCGAGGGCGCUGCGGUGGGACAAUCUUUUGAGUUUCGAUCCACCGGUGGAGGGGAUGAGGCGGGACACCUUGUCGUUGAAUGACGUGUUGUUCAGAAGGCCGGCGCCACCGAACUACAACGGCAAGAUCAAGUAUAAGGUAUAUAUCUCGAAGGAGAGGUUGACGCCAUGCGAUCCUGCUCGGGAGGGGCCCUCUGUUCCCACUCGUCCUGCUUCUAUCGCGCCUUCUGUUUCAGAGACGAGAGCUCCGGUCACGACUAUUGCUCUCGCGAAGUCUCCGCCGCCACCACCUAGCAGGACCGCGAACGUCAAUGGUGCAGGAGCGUUUGGGAAAUCACGAGAGGCAGAUAACCUUCCUUCUUGGCGACAGAAAGCUCCUCCACCGCCAUCUCAGCCUUCGCCACCCUCACCAGCUCCCGUCGAUCAACCCGAGACUGUCAGCCUCUCGCCACCACCUGAAGCUGACGCAAGUGCGCCUCCCGAUUCUCCGCCGAUUAGACCGGACGGAACGGCAUCAACACGACUAGCGUCUAAGGUGUCUGAGGGUUUUGAGCCGCUUCAUCGCAAAUAUCCAAUGGAGAUAGUGGACUCGUCUUCGCGGGUAAACUUUAUGGUGUCGAGCGAGCUGCCGGAAGGUCAGCGGCCGCGACCACCUCGGUUUGAUCCAGAGACGAUGGCUGCUGAAAGGGCCAAGCUAGAGGCAGAGCGUACUGCUUUGAAUGGGGUGCACUCCGCAGAACAACUAAGACCUUCAGUGGUAGGCAGUAAAGAGAAUGGCACGGGGAGCAAGAGCUCGGAAGGUUCUUCUGGACAAUCUGAACACAUGCCGCCAACGCCACCUCAGCAGCCCGGUUCAGCGCCAUGGACGAAGUCCCCGGGUGCAUUCUCCACGAAAGAUUCGCCGGCGCGGCCUCCAGAUCCAGAACACCUCAAAUUUCUCUGGUCACAAACAAAGGCGGAGCUUCCCUCUGUGAACUCGCUUCAAGGUAUUGCGGACGACCUGACUUCGGUACCGUUCACUUUGCAGGAAGUCAAGUCCGAAGAUGGGGAAACACCGCCUCCGACGACGUCCCAUGGUCCGUCACGGAUGUCGCUGCACGAUGUGACUCGUGCAUUCCAGCAAGUCCCUACGCCUUCGUCCUCGUCCUCGGCCAAGGUCAUCCAGCCGCCAUCGUCCGGGAACGUGUCUUCUUCUUCGCGCCCUCCACCCGCUCGUGCACCCAGCUUCACACUCCCUCCGCCAGUGCCUAAUCCUGGACAAGCCAUGCGCCCAUCCUACAUGACUUACCCUUCGCCGAUGAUGAGCCACACGCCCGCACCAGGGAUGGUGUACCCCGCCGUCAUGGCUCCCAGUCCUGGCCCUGUCGUCGUCAAUGGACCUUCGCCACAAUAUGCCCAUCCGGUAUGGAUGCCCACAGCUCCUCAGACACCGAUGAUGAGACCUAUGCCUGCUUCACCAUACCCGGCACCAGCGCAGUAUAUGUCCUAUCCCUCUCCCGGGGGUGGCCCACCGACGAUGUACGCUACACCUCCGCCGGCGGUCAUGCACACCCCUGCUCAGGCUCAGGCUUCUGCUGUGGCGGCACAUGCACACCAUCAGGCUGCUCUCCAUGCUCAGCAGCAGCAUCAACAGCAUAUGCAACAACAACAACAGAUGCAGCAACAGCAACAGCAGCAGCAGCAGCAUCAUCAACACCCACAGCCGCAUCAAACACCCCAGCAAGCUUCAAAAUCGAUGCCUCCACCACCAGUCCCUGUGCAGCAGAACCGCGGUCGACCAUCAACCGUCAUGCAGAUGAGCCCAGCGAUGUCGCACGCCCAUGCACAUCCGCAGAUGCAAGUCGCCCCAGGAACGCCUCAUCAUCCCGCGCAAGGCAUGCCCCCAAUGUAUCAGAACAGUCCUGCGAUGAUGCAUAUACCGCUUCUUCCACCUCCUUAUCCCGGCAGCCCUGCUGGGAGUGUAGUAGGAGGAAGGCCCGGUGAGGGUAUGCAGAGGGGUGCGUAUGGGGCCAUGCCGGUGCAGGGGACGCCGAUGAUGGGGCAACAUCCUCUGCCGGGUGGUGUGAUGGGGCAUGGACAUCCGCCACAGGGGAUGAUGCAACCUCAGCAGCAACAACAGCAGCAACAGCAAUACCAGCAACAGCAACAACAACCCUACGGUGCUUCCCAUUAUGGCCGUCCGUGGUAGUGUUGCACUCGAGGGUGCUAGUGUGUAAAUACGUGCACAUACAUGUGUACAUCGUCAUGCUCAGCCGCAAUGGACCGCCUAUUUGCUGACGCUUACGAUACUGCAUUCUUUUUCUUGACCCCAAGCUCGUUGGCUUCGUGAUUUUUCCCUUCACUUGGUUCCCUUCAAUGAUUUCCCUUUUAUCUCUUAUUCUCUUUUCUUGCAUCUAGUUAUUUAGUGUCGUCUACGGGUUUCUUACUUGCCGGUGGAUCCGUGACGCACCAUUCAUGGCUCUUCUUCUUCAAGUUAUCGCCUUCCUUCUCAAAUUUCAUCGGCCCUUUUGCAUCCACGCGCCUUCAAUCUUUUCUCGUUUCCCGUUUUUUCGACCGUCUCGCCAACUUUUUCAGAGCCUCGUCCAGUCUCGUUCUUUUCCCUCAGUUUUU